AAGACGUGUUGCGUUUUUAUUUCGUGCCAGCUCGACCCCCCUUCUGUCCCUCUGCCCCGCUCUCAGGUCCAACCCACGUGCUCCGCCAAGCAGAAGGAGGGCAGAGGGAGAGAGAGAGAGGGGAAGAGAUGACGGCUUCUCUUUUCUCCAUCCACAGACUUCACGAAGUGUCUCGGCGGUCAGGACCGUUAUGGUGUAAACGUCCGGGAAUCGCAGUUGACAGUGGUCGGCUCUGACAAACUCGCUUGGACUAAUAAGUUGCAGUUGGAAAUGCUGAAGCCGGGGGAUCAGAGCGGUUCUGCUUUCCUCAAAGUGGAUCCGACUUACCUUCAGCACUGGCAGCAGCUUUUCCCGCAGAGUCAGUUGAAGAACUGCGCGAUUCCGCAAAUCCCGGCGCCCGAUCGAGCGCCUGUAGCUGUGGAAAGCCUCCGCCAGAGACCCGGUUUAAUUUCCUCCACCACCACCGCCGCCUCGGCCGCUUUAACGCCGUCCUCGAGCUCGUCUUGCGCUCCUGCCGUGUCCGCGCUCGCGGGGUUAACGCAGCUCUCCGCGCCGCAGCUCGCGCUAUUCGGACACACUCUCUGUACCGAGGUUGCACCGGCCGAAAACAGCGGGGCGUCUCAGUCCAAGGAACUUUGCCUGCCGUCCAACUUUAACGACAAAGCGUCCCGGUUGAAGCUGACCUCAGAGGAACUGGACUACUAUCUAUACGGACAGCAGAGGAUGGAGAUUAUCCCACUGAACAAUCACACCAGUGAUCUCAAUAACCGCUGUGACAUGUGUGCAGAUAACCGGAACGGCGAGUGCCCCAUGCACGGGCCCCUGCACUCGCUGCGGCGCCUGGUAGGGACAAGUAGUGCAUCCACUGCUGUGGCCCCUCCCGAGGUUCCCGAGUGGCUGCGUGAUCUACCCCGCGAAGUCUGCCUAUGCACCAGCACAGUGCCUGGCCUGGGCUAUGGUAUCUGUGCUGCCCAGCGCAUACCACAGGGUACUUGGAUUGGGCCUUUUCAGGGUAUUCCUCUGCUGCUGGAUAAAGUACAGUCCGGAGUGGUGCGCAACACAAGACACUUAUGGGAGAUCUAUGACCAGGAGGGCACAUUACAGCACUUUAUUGAUGGCAAUGAUCCAAGCAAGUCAAGCUGGAUGAGGUACAUCCGCUGUGCCAGACACUGUGGGGAACAGAACAUGACAGUGGUUCAGUACAGAUCAUGUAUUUUCUACCGGGCUUGUAUGGAUAUUCCAAGAGGAACUGAGCUUCUGGUAUGGUACAAUGACAGUUACACCUCCUUCUUUGGCAUCCCCCUGCAGUGCAUCGCACAGGAUGAAAACUUGAAUGUGCCAUCUACUGUAAUCGAGGCCAUGUCCCGACAGGAAAGCCUGCAGCCUUUCAGCAAAACAUCCAAAUCCUCUUCACCCGCCAUGCUGCAGCGCUCCAUGGUUUUCCCUCACUCACCUUGCCCACGGAGCUUCUCUCUCCUGGACAAGGUGGGCAACAUGGAGUCUGGCUUUAACCAGCUGAACACCAAGAACCAGCGGGUCCUAGCCAGUCCCACAUCCACCAGCCAGCUUAACAGUGAAUUCAGCGACUGGCACCUCUGGAAGUGUGGCCAGUGCUUCAAGACCUUCACACAGCGCAUUCUCCUGCAAAUGCAUGUGUGCACACAGAACCCGGACAGACCCUAUCAGUGUGGACACUGUUCACAGUCCUUUGCCCAGCCUUCAGAGCUACGCAACCAUGUGGUAACACAUUCCAGUGACCGGCCCUUCAAGUGUGGCUAUUGCGGCCGAGCUUUUGCCGGAGCAACGACGCUCAACAACCACAUCCGCACCCACACCGGGGAGAAGCCAUUCAAGUGUGAGCGGUGCGAGAGGAGCUUCACGCAGGCAACACAGCUUAGCAGACACCAGCGGAUGCCCAACGAGUGCAAACCCAUCAGCGAGAGCAGCGAAUCAAUUGAGGUGGAUUAGUUGAUUGACCAUGCCGGAAUUAAACGGCGAGGGAAAGUCAUGAUUAAAUGUCACGGACACUUAAGCAAAACCAAAGAUUUCCUCUGAGAAACUCUCAAUCAGCCCCAGAAAACCAAAAGCAGUAAUAAAAUAAGUAAGAUGUUAAGAGAUAUUGAUCCCGACACAGAUAUGGGACUGGUUGUGGCUGGGGUGGGAGGGUUGGUGGGGAAUAGGACAAGAUUAUUUAUUCAUGACUGGGAAAGUCACAGUUCUGUUAAAAACCUGGAACAUAAGUGUGAAAUGCCAAAAACAUGGCAUAUCACUUUAUUUCUUAGUCAUGUACAUUGUACAAUAAAACCAAAGGGAGAAGACUAAAAGGGGACAUUCCCCUCAGACAGACAAUGCACAGUAUCUGUAUAAUUGCACCAUUUAAUAAGCAGGAUUUUUUGAGAGAAACAUUUGUAUUCACAAAAAAAGCCUCUGUAUAAAAUGUACAUUUUGAAUUAUAUUUCUCUCAUAUCAUGCUUUUUGGCACUUUUGACUGGUAUUAUUUAAUAUUUCGUUUGAAUAAUGAUUCUAAAUGUAAUGAUGAAUAUUUAAAUAUGAGUGGGAUGGAAGGAAAAAGGUCAUUGUGAAAAAAAUAAAUAAAAAAACCUUGUUACCAAAUAUGGAAUGAAGAAGAAAGGGUUUAAAGCAAUAUAUAGAAUUGUAUCUGUCAUGUCAUUGAAUGCUUUUAUGGCCCUAUUCAUCUAUAUGGUGAAUGGGGCUAUUGAAUGUUGCAUUUUGUUACAAAAGGAAUAUUUAACAUCAUUGCACCAUUACUAAAAACAAAAAUUACACUUCUGUUUCUGACUUUUUGGGGGAAAACAAACAAACAAACAAACACACAAACAAGCCAUAACAUUAAACCCACUGACUGAUUUUAUUGUUACAGUGGUACCUGUCAAGUGGUGGGAUAUAUUAGGCAGCAAGUGAACAAUCAUCUCUCGAAGUUGAUGUGUAAGGAUCUGAGCUACUUUGACAAGGUCAAAUUGUGAUGGCUUGGCAACUGGGUCAGAGCAUCUUCAAAACGGCAGGUCUUGUCGGGUGUUCCCAGAAUGCAGUGGAUCGUACCUACCAAAAGUGGUCCAAUGAAGGAUAACUGGUGAACUGGUGAAAAGGUCAUGGUCGCCCAAGGUUCACUCGUGUGCAUGGGGAAUGAAGGGUAACCCAUCUGGUCCAAUCCCACAGAAGAUCAACUGUAGCACAAAUUGCUGAAAAAGUUAAUGCUGGCUAUGAGAGAAAGGUGUCAGAACACCAAGCAUUGUAGCUUGCUGUGUAUGGGGCUGGGUAGCUGCAGACCAGUCAGAGUGCCCAUGCUGAUCCCUGGCCACUGCCAAAAGCUCCUAGAAUGGGCACGUGAGCAUCAGAAUGGGACUAUGGAGCAAUGGAAGAAGGUGGCCUGGUCUGAUGGAUCACAUUUUCUUUUACAUUAUGUGGAUGGCCAGGAGUAUGUGUGACUGGGGAAGAGAUGGCACUAGGAUGCACCAUGAGAAGCUGGAGGAGGAAGUGUGAUGCUCUGGGCAGUGUUCUGCUGGGAAACCUUGUGUCCUGGCAUUCAUGUGGAUGUUACUUUGACACAUAUCACCUACCUAAACAUUGUUGCAGACCAAAAACACUCCUUCAUGGCAGUGUUAUUCGCUAAUGGCCUCUUUCAGCAGGAUUCAUGAAAAAACUUUUCAAGAAUGGUUUGAGGAACAUGACAAAGAGUUCAAGGUGUUGACUUGGCCUCCAUAAUUUCCCAGCUCUCAAUCUGAUCGAGCAUCUGUGGGAUGUCCUGGACAAACAUGUCCAAUGGAGGCCCCACCUCACAACUUACAGGAUUUAAAGAAUCUGCUGCUAAUGUUUUGGUGCCAGAUACCACAGCACACCUUCAGAGGUGUUCAGAGGUGCUGUGGAGUCCAUGCUUUGAUGGGUCAGAGGUAUUUUGGUGGCACAAGAGGAUACAAUAUUACGCAGGUGGAUUUAAUGUUAU